CUACUACUACUACUACUACUACUACUACUACUACUACUACUACUACUAUGAGGAUCGAGGCGUGUGUGGGGGUUCUGGUGUCCAUGUUCCUCCUUUUCUGCACUGGUGAAGGGGUUGGCGACGAGAGUAAAGGUGAAGAGGAAGAUAGAGGUUUGGAUGCUACUAACGAGGUUUUAGAAGAGGAUCAAAGGUUUAAGAGUUCUGUCACUUAUAUUGAUGUACACAGAUCUACACAGGCACGGCCCCGGUUUUUUGGCACCCUGGGGGACUGGCUAGGAAGAGGAAGAGGAGGAGAAGAGGAAGAGGAAGAGGAAGAAGAGAAGAAGGAAGAGGAAGAAGAAGAGACGUCUAUAUCUCAGCUGUCCUCAUCUUUUCUUCUCUCUCAUCCUUACCCGCUUGUAAUGCCCUUGAUAAAUAACGCCCCCCAGCCUCCCCCAGUGGUCCUAGCGGGGGCAGGGGGGUACAGCACACAUGCAGCACACCUCCCACACCUCCCACGCCCACCCACGCACCCCCCACGCCCUCGCACGCCCGUAAAAGUAACAGUCAGCCUGCCAAAUCCAGUUGUCUUGACGGAAACUGUGACCAGAUUUGAGGGUUUACUGGAUGGAUUAAAACGACAAUUAUUGGAUUUUCACGCUAGUUUAAGCUCCCCCGGGGGUGUCACCAGGGGGGGCAUGCUUCCCUCUGCCCCCCACACGACUUCCGUCCCCCCAUACCCAACCAGUCUCCCAGGAAAUCACGAAAUAUUAGUAGUUGACCCCGGGAGGAAUGGGGAGAAAUACACACUAAGGGUUACAAAUUCGCUCCCCAUUUCUAACCCACAGGGGAUGGCGGGGUGGGAGGGGGUGGUGGAGCUAGAGGACACCCUGGGGCAUAACCUUGGGGAGUUACACCGGGGGAUUCUGGGUAUGGGCCGAGAUAUCAGCAAGAAAGUAAGCAAUAGAGUGAUAGAGAUGAUGAUGUGAGCUGGUGGUGGUGGUGAUGGUGGUGGUGAUAGAGGAGGAGGAAGAAAGAGGAAGAGGAAGAGGAAGAGAUGAAAAACAAGAUGGAAAAUAAAUAAAAGUAAUAAUGAUAAUAAUAGUAAUAGUAAUAAUUUUGUUGUAAUUUAUGUUGUAAUCUUAGAAAUUACAUAAACUUUAUUA